AUGUCAACCAUAUAUAACGUAUUUGUGACGAAAGAUAAUGUCAAAAACCACCUGAAAGGGUGGAAAAAGACAUAUGGAGUAGUUUCUGAUAUCUUAAGUCAAAGUGGCUUUAAUUGGGAUAGUGGACGUAAGAUGAUAACCGUGGAUGACGACAAUGUGUGGAGUGAAUAUGCAAAGACACACUCUGAGGCUUCGAAGUAUCGAUUCAAGACAAUUGUCAAUUGGGAUGAUAUUGUAGACUUGUGUGCGAAGGAUAGAGCAACCGGUUAUGGGGCUGAAAAUGCUGAUGAUGCAAAUGAGACUAUGAGCAUUGACGAGGACAAUGUUAGCCUCAGUGGAAUAGGAGGAAGUUUCCAAGAUGAUAGUUUGAAGAGAAAACCGAAUAUUCUACUUCAACAGUUACACCGCACCCAAAAAAAGUGGCGGUAUCCGAAAUGGCUUCUCCAAUCAAAGAAAUGGCAUCUAGUAUGGUUUCAACAUUAAAGAAGAGUGCAAAUGUGACAGUUGAUGAAGUUUAUGAAGAGUUGAUGGGAAUACCUGAUUUAGAAGAAGAUCUUCGGUGGAGAGCAAUUGAGGUGUUUGUCAACAAUCCCACAAAGUUUCAAAUAUUGAAGAAGAUUCUAAUUGAGAAGAAAAGCCAAUUUAUAUUGAAG